AUGGCAGCGCAACCGUCAACUCCUGGUCGCGAAUCAGCAAGGUCGGCAGCUGUGCCAUCGACACCAGCAACGUCUAGGGUUGCUGGCACCCAUAUCAUCCAGUCUUCCCCACACUACACCACGACGCGUCGGCACGCGCUGUAUGGCACCGAAGACCGCAUUGUUAUCGACCCAGGCUCUCGCAUAUGGAAAGUGGGCUUCAGUGGAGAAGGGAAGCCUAGGGAUGUCUUCUAUGCUGACGGCGCGACGGGGGAUGCCUUGUGGGGGCUUGACAGAGCUACGGACCCCGUUCAAAGGGCCGAAGAGGAUACAAUUCUCCAAGUCAAGCUCGAGGCCCGACUGAGGUCUGUAUUCCACGACUCCUUGUUGACCGACCCGAAAUCUCGUAAAGUCAUAUUGGUCGAGCACCCUUUCCUACCACUUCACAUCAAAGACAUCCUGGCCCGAGUUCUCUUCCAAAAUUUACAAGUUCCCUCGAUAUCCUUCGCUUCUAGCCACCUGCUCGCUCUCUUUGCAUCUGGCCGAAUAACAGGCCUUGUACUGGAUAGCGGUCAUCAUGAGUCAGUAGCCAUCCCAAUUUUCGCGUCGCGACCACUAUAUUCCUAUAUUCAGACCACACCACUGGCAGGAUCCCGACUUACUUCCCACCUCCGUGCCCUCUUAUUGGUCUUUGGCACCUAUAUACCCCCUCCAGCGAUUACUGGCGCCGUCAAUGUGCCCGCGGCGAAUCGCACUACAAGAAUACCCGAAGAAGUAUUGACCGACGCAAUAAUGGAAGAAAUCAAGACCCGCUGCUGCUUCGUUGGCUCUGCAAUGGAAUCUUCUCUUGUUGAGCCUCAGGCCUCAGCGGAUGACUCGUUCGAGAUGGAGGUACCUCCCAGUGACACAACCAUGUCGGAAUCAGACUUCUCUCACAUAAGCAGCACUGUAUCCUCCCCUCCUCCGUCUGAUUUCUCCGUUGUUUCGAACCCUGUGCAAGGGCAGAGGGAGAGGGAGAGACAACAGCAAGAGAAUCACCUUCAAUCGCUUUCCACCUUGUAUAAACGCUAUUCGUCGGCUACAGAUCUCCAAAUGCGCAUACCGCCUGCUUCGACCCAUCAAGCUGGGCCUGGUCGUGCGACGCUGAUUAUCCCUGGGUGGAUUCGGGAGCGAGCGGCGGAAGUUUUAUUUGAAGGGGGUGAUGUCGACGAAACCAGCGUGGCCGAGGUCAUCUUGGAUGCCCUCCUUAAGGUCCCCAUGGAUCUUAGGAAAACACUUGCGUCGUCCAUCUUGAUUGUGGGAGGUACCCCAAUGCUGCCAGGGUUCAUCACCAGGUUGCACGCGGAGCUCCUACGCGCUGUCUCGCCUCCACAACAGCAAGGCGACGCCCCGGUCCCGACCCGCAAGUACGAUCGAUAUGCCUCAUUGCGACCGUUGAUACCAUAUAUCGCCAUUAUGAACAAUCCCGCACCGCCUGCACCAGCAUCUGACCGCGCCCGCGCUUCCGCCGGAAAGGCACCGGCAUUCACACCUGCUACACUUGCGUGGGUGGGUGGGUCUCUGGCUGGUGCGUUGAAGACUGGCGGUGCAGAGGUCGCCCGUGAGCGGUGGGAUGAAAGUGAACUUGCAGAAAGGGACCCCGAUGAGUCUAUGGAUAUAUCUAUGAGCCCCGAAAAACCUACGAAAAUGUUCCUACCAGACUGGACAAGAUCACCGUUACCAGGCGGUGCGCCGUCCGCCAGACCGGCGGAGGCCUUUCAAUCCGUCUAA